CCGCUCUAGUUCUGUUGUUUGAUUUUAGACGAACGUUCGUUGAGAUAUUUGUGAUCGAGUUGAUUUAAAUUAAAUCAUGGCUGAACAAAGUAAUCAGAUGACUUACAAGUUGCUGGAGCUGAUGCAGAAUACGGGGUAUUCCAUUGUUCAGCAGAACGGACAACGGAAAUUCGGUCCACCGCCGGAUUGGAUUGGCCCGCCUCCACAAAAGGGAUGCGAAGUAUUCAUUGGGAAGUUACCACGAGAAAUUUUUGAAGACGAACUCGUCCCUCUUUUCUCUCGAGUUGGUAAAGUAUAUGAAAUGCGUCUCAUGAUGGACUUUUCGGGAUCCAAUCGUGGGUACGCCUUCGUCACCUACGCCACACGGGCUGAGGCAGCUGCUGCAGUACGGCAACUGAAUGGUUACGAGAUAAGACCACGAAGGCAAAUUGGUGUUGUCAAGUCCGUGGAUAAUUGUCGUCUUUUCGUUGGAAACAUACCUAAGACAAAAACUAAGGAAGAUGUAAUGGAAGAACUUUCGAAGAGAGUCACUGGAAUCGUAAACGUGAUCUUAUAUAAGAAUUGUUUUGACCGUAAACUUAAUCGAGGGUUUGCUUUUGUGGAGUUCACAUCACAUAGGGCUGCGGCAAUGGCCAGGCGCGCGUUGGUACCGGGCUGCGUCAAGCUUUGGGAUCAGGAAGUUAUGGUAGAUUGGGCGGAACCCGAACCAGAUAUUGACGAUGAUCAGAUGAAAACGGUGAAAGUGCUUUAUGUACGUAAUUUUGAGAUACGGACUACACCAGAUACAAUUCAAAAAGUAUUUGAAAACGCAAUAAAUAAUAAAGUUGAACGUGUUAAAAAAAUCUAUGACUAUGCUUUUAUUCAUUUUUAUGAAAGAGAACAUGCUGAGCUUGCUAUGUCUAAAUUACAAAGUGCUGACAUUGAUGGUAGUAAUAUCGAAAUACGCUGGGCGAAACCUGUUGACCGUGAUCUAUAUCGGAUACAAAAAUUAAAUAGAGGCAAUGCGAAAUUUAAUAACAGCUUGGAUUUGACACAAACUCUGUUGCUUUAUAAACAGCACAUUGAGAAGAAAGAAUACGCCAACAGUCCUAAAGAUGAAGGCAUUGGAUCUGCAUGUGCUGGUGAAAGCCCAUGCUACUCCCCGUCAGAUUUAAAAUGUCCUGCUUACUCUUAUUCCACUCCACAAGUAAACUACACUUUGGCUCCAGCAAAGCUUGAAUCAAUGUGUAAGAGAUACAUGUGGCCUCAACCCACAUACCAUUACUUGAAGUAUGAAGAUCCUACUGGAGCAGAAUUAUGGGUGUGCAAUGUAGAACUGCCACAGGUUGGACUUCCCUUGCUGUCAGUGCCACGUCGCAUUGGCCCUCUCUCAACAAGGGCAUGCUUCUCAGACCAACAAGCUCAUGUAGAAGCAGCUGAAAUUGCUCUACAUACACUUAAGAUGCUGAGAGUAGACCUGAUUCAACAAUCUACACCUGCUCAACCUCAUUACUCCUCCAUACCACCGAUGCAGAGCUGUGUGAGAUUGCCAUAUGACUAUUCAACUAUAUAUCCUCAAACACAGCCAGUCAUGUCAAUGCCCACAGUCUGGCGUACAAUUUAAAUCACAAUAAUCAUUUUCUAUUAAACUUUGAGAACGAAAAAAUCAAAUUCUUUAUUGUUGAGACAAAAAGAUAAGAUUUUUUUUAUAGAUAUGUUAAAAGACUUGAGAAAUAUAUUUUUGUUGUGAUAGUUUUAGGCUGGCAAUGUUAACAUUUUGAAACAAUAUUUGUAUUGUGAUAGUGUUGUCAUCAUUGCCAUAGUUUAUUUUUGCCUAGUUGGUCAAUUGUUUUCUUAAAAUAGUUUUAUUUUAAAUUAGCAUUUGUGGUGUUUUUUUCUAUUCAGACUUUAUCCUUAAUAUUAAUUUAUAUAGUAUAUAAAGUAUUUUGACUAUAUAGAGUAUAAGACGAUCAUAAUUUUGUUUGUAAUGGACAUAACUAUCUAGGCUAGUGACUAAUAUUUUCUUUGAUGUUCUUACUUCAAGUUAUGAUUAUUUACUUGAAACAUUUUGGUGGCAUAGUUUACAAAGAAUUGUAAAACCACUUUGACAGUGCUUCCUUGUGCUUAUAUUUUAAUAUAUUCAGAGAGAAUGCACUGUAAUUUAGAGUAAAAUUUCG